AUGCACAACAACUACAUACCCUCGUCUUCGCGGUCGCCUCCCCUCGACUGGACCUCUGUCUAUGGACUAUCCAGUUCGUUGGGUUCACUAGAUGUUCCUUCUCCCCCGCCGCCCGUGGGUCAGCCCCUGCUCGAUCCUCAGCAGCAGAACUUCUUCGACCAAUUCUUCAACAUGCCGCACGACAUGGUGCCCUCGGUAGAUCCGUCGCACAUCUUCGAACCGGAAAUACCAAAGGACACAGCUAUGUGGCCUACUACCGUGCCCCGCGGGUUCGUGCCGCAGAUGCACACGCUACCGAACGGUGCUCUCUCGUCCCCAGGCCCGAACAACAACUACUACGGGAGCCACGUCCCUUCGGCGCCAUCCAUGGGCGCUCCGCAUAUCGACCUCAACCCAUUCACCGGUAAUCACGAAAUGAUGCGCUCGCAGAACCCCCAACAUCCGAUGAGUACCGCGCCCGGCUUGCUCAACUUCGGAACGGAUACAAAUUUUGCGCCCAAUGGAUAUCACCCACCAGCCGUCACCGCCGCGCUCGAUAAGGACGCGGAGGUGCGCUCCAAGGUCUACUCGGCUCUCACGCGGAACGGAUCAGCAGUAACGACGGCUGUGAACUCGCCAACUGAAGUCAAGGGUGACCCCGAGGAUGACUACGGCGAUGAAGAUUCUUCGCCGGGGAUGGGCGAAGGUGGCAGCAUCUCCUCCCAAUCAGGGACGGGCAUGAAGCGACGCACGGAGGACGGCGGGGAUUUCACUCCGUCAAAGUCCGCGCGGAAGUCGCGGCCCCGAAGCUCCGAGUCUGCGUCAAAGUCUAAAAAGAAGCCAGUCCAGAAGCGGGAUAACUUGACCGAGUCCCAGAAGCGGGAGAAUCACAUCCACAGCGAGCAGAAGCGGCGGAAUCUGAUCCGACAAGGCUUUGAGGAGCUGUGCGCGUUGGUACCAGAGCUCAAGGCCGGCGGAUACAGUAAAAGCGCUGUCUUGAUCCACGCGGCAAACUAUCUCGACGACCUGAAGAAGGGGAAUAACCGCCUGAGGCUGUACCUACAGCAGCUGGAGGGAGCGGGAGGACAGUUCUAA